AUGGCAGUUGACAUGGAUGUGGAGGAAUUGCUAAUCAUGGGAGAUUCUGACUUGAUUAUUCGGCGAGCUCAAGGUGAAUGGGAAACUCGAGAUAUCAAGCUUAUCCCAUACAGGCAACCUGUGGAAGAUCUGAGUAAACGGUUCAAGUCUGUUGAAUUCAUGUACAUCCCUCGAUUCCACAAUGAGUUAGCUGAUACGCUAGCUACCUUGGUGACAAUGUUGUCAUAUUCGGGUAAUGUCCAUGUUGACACAUUGGAGAUCCAAAUUCGAGAAAGACAUGGUUAUUGCAAUAUAGUUGAAAUAGAACUAGAUAUUCAGCCAUGGUGGCUAGAUGACCAAGAGGCUGGAAAGAUCAUGAACGAAGUGCAUUCGGGAGUAUGUGGGCCCCACAUGAACGGAUGUGUCCUUGCAAAGAAAUCCUUCGGGCAGGUUAUUAUUGGAUGA